AAAGAAGUCGGUGAUGAAAAUAAAGGAGGCCAACAGAUGUGAGUAUAUCAUUGUUCAUUCUUAUAGUUAUGUGAAAGCCCUUAUGGUUAUAUGUAUUGCUUAGCGCACUCCCACCCGCAGAUAGCGAGAAGAGGGUUGAACUGAAAGGAGGAACCAAGGGGUUAGUUUGAAAAGAACAUUGUACUGCGACGUUGGGGUUGGGAAAGAGGUUUCGAGCGCUAGUUCCUAGUCAAAGCAAUAUGGAAGGGUUAGCGCCGAAAGCGUUACCUUAAAAUGUUUUACGGUGUUAAAUGUGCUUUAUUAUCUUAAACGUUUUACAGUGCGAGUACUAUAACCGUGGCCACCCAGACAAAGUUGACCAAUUGGAUGACAGGAAAAUAACAAUACAUUCGUGAUUCCGAGAAAGUUAGUUGUCAAUCAUAAUUACCACGAAAUGAGAUCAACAACAUGGAUCAAAGUCAACCAAUUGCAACCCGCUGAAAAAAGCCUGUUUCCUGAGAAGUCCGUUAGAGUAUUGACGGAGGCAAAACUGUAAACGUUGAUCAUAUUUUUGUCUUGCGGUCGCAUGUUUAUUGUACCAUGGGACAAUGGUAGCGAAGAAAUUGCUGGUUAGUGACAAAAUAACAGCUUGUGUGAAACAAAUGUCUUCUGGGUGUUAUAUGUAAAGUUUCGAAUAGAGGAACAUAGUCUUGUGAAGCUUUUUGCUUUCUUCAAAAACGUUUGCUAUCAAUAUUUUUAUUUAGUGCCUUUUUUUGUUUUGUUUUGUUUUGUGUUUUUUUUACGAGCUGCUGAUUGGCCCUCAACCAGCUUUCUUGGAAUGCAUUUUUUUCCUGUGAUGGGAUUGGUUAACUUUGUCUAGGUGGCCCCGGUUGCAGUGGUCACACUAUAAGACGACCUGGAAGUGCUUGGAUGUUAGUUGGAACACCCUUUGGAGACAACAUACAGUAGUUCGAGUCCGCACUAAUAAUUUAUGUUCUAUUGUGUGGUUACACUCUUUGCAGGAAUCAAAUCCAGGGUGGUCAUGGCAACAAUGGAUAUAACAACACUCAUUCAUCGUCUGCGAGCCCGGAGGUACCUGAUUGUUUUCCUCAUAGAAUAGUUUCUUUUGCAUUGAUUAAAAUUGAAUAAGUAUGACUGAAGCACUGUCAUUUUUUUGGAUAAUAUUGUGCUCUGGAAUUUCCUACUGUCUCGCACCAAGUACAAUAUGGAAUUUCCAUGCUGCACAGAAAAAGACCACAAAAGACGUUGGGUUUAGGCUCCGUAACUUUCUUCCAGAUCUUGUUGGGCAAAUACAAUUUCGGCCAUAAACUUCCAGUUCCGAAACUGCAAAAUAAUCUGUCUUCUUUGAUAAAUUUCCUAAAAACGAAACCUGGUAGGGGGAAGGGGGAGAGAGGGGUUUGGGCAUAUGGUCUCCUCACUUUCCUGACUUGUUCAUCUAUAGUGUAUCAAUCACCUUGCAUUGAUAGCCUCGGCCGCAAUAGGAUCUAUGAAUUAUUGAUCUCUAUAUAUUGAUUAUUUCUUUGGAAUAUAAUCUUCAUUAAUCCAACCUUAACGAAAUCUUGUUAAGAAAGUUUAAGUUGAAUGUCCCAGUCUUUCGUUUUGAAAUAUUAUACCAUAUUCCAAUAUUUCUUCCAAAUAUUAGUUAUCCCUACACUCCCUUUAAGGGCCUUGUUCAACUACAAUGCGCUGUUACACUCAAAUGGUGACCACUUCUUUGAUUUCACAUGGAAUCGUCUUCUUGUACCUCACAAAAAAUCCUUCGGUCUUUGGUACCGUGAGGAACCAACAAGUUAUUGAGAUUUUCAGGGGACAAAAUUUUUCCCCCCGGAACCGUCACUGAGAGUUAAUAUUAUUGUAUAAUUGCUACAGAAAACCGCAGAUAUCACCUAUGCUGUUGUUGAACAGGGAAACAGUAUGCCCAGGACUGCUCCUAAGAAGCCUCUUCGCACUUAUGAGACAGAGUAUGUUAUCACUAUGAUUUACAAGCCAUAUUUCUGUGGCGCAGUAGCUGACUCAGUGUAGGGCCUCCAGUUUCCACCUCUCCCCUUUAGUUUUGGAAUAAGUCCGAAGCUCCGAACACAUAUCGCUUGCUGUACUAGGGGCUACUGGUAUUGUACCCUCCAUUUUACUUUAAGGGCGGGAGAAUGAGAACUGUCUAAAACGGACACCAAGUGUUGGCUAGCUCUGAAAUAAUGCAAGGAGCAGGUGGACAAAGAAACGCGAAGUGAAGCUUCAUCUCGUUAUACAUCGUAGAUAAGGAUCAAUACUGAAUGAAACGUACAUCGAAGUUUAAGAGUUCGUCCCCUAAGCGUUGUCUUCGACUCUCUAUUGUGCAGACACCUUUUUAUGACGGAGACUGUCCUAUUAUAUAUCUCUAUUAUAUAUCAACAGUGCGUUCCCCAUAAAAAUCAUUUUUGUUUUUCUUUUUUUCCUGUAAUGAUCUUGUGUGUCGUUGAAAACUUAAUUCGCCCUAACAAAAUUCUUAGUUUUUCGCCUAGUAAAUAGAUGUAUAGUUAUAGAGUCGUAAUGCCUAGAAAGGAACGUGUACAUUAGGUCAUGUAAAACACACUCAAUUCACGAGGUGGCUCAUACUAAAAACACAUUCUUGAUUUUAUUUUCCUUCAGGAUACUCGUUGAGGGUAACGGAAGUGGAUAUGAAGUUGCCGGAUCAUCUUCCAGGCGCCCGGAGGAACCCCCUGGCAAAAAGCCAAAGAAAAAGAAGAAGGGGCAAGAACCUGACAAACCUGUUGGCGUAGUGUACGCGCAGGUUGAUAAAUCAAAACAAAAGUCAAAGGCUUCGCAGAACAAUUACGAUCAAUCAGAGAGACCCAAAAGCAAGGUAAGGUAAAUUAUUGGAGCAUGCUCUCAUGGUACCCCUCUACUAAACAAAGAAACUUUUGAAAUGAAAUUAAGUUUAUUUAAAGGGGGUACGACUUGACAGAACUGAGAAACUUAAGUGCCACUACCACUACCACUACUGCACCACCACCACCGCCACCACCACCAUGAAUUAGAUUGAAAUUUGAAUUGGUCACAACAAAAAAGGAAAAAAAUUUCUCUUGGAGCUGGAGCAGAAAAGAGAACCAACAACAGCUCUACUAAAAAUGGCAUCGACGCCGGUACUUAGAGACCAGGCCAAUUCAUUGUUGGGAAGCGAUUUCUCUCAUCACUGCGCCACCCCUGUUCCCUUCCGACACGCCUAAUUUGCGGACAUUUGCGUGGGGCCCGUCCCCUAAAUACGGAUUUUAGUGGCGUUUUGUUAUCAAGUGGUCAGUAACUAUACAAAUGUAUGGAACAAAAGAAAGUGCUUGCACAAAAAAAAGGGUUCGACUUCGACAGGGUUGGGUUGGGAUACCAACAUGGCCGCCGUUAGGUAGGUCGUUUUUACAUGACGUCACUGCGGCCAUAUUAGGUUACAAAACAAUUAAACGGCGGCCAUGGUGCUAUAUCAAAAAAUUGCUGUGGGCAUUGAUCUAUCUCCCCGUGUAAAUAUUUUCUUUGUCUCGAGAAAUUGGCAUAAUCAUUGUUUGGGACACAAAUCUGUCAGACGCGACGUUAUUUGGAAACGGUUUUACGUUUUCCACAGUCGCUAAUUUAGUAAGUGGCUCUUUGUUUAUCUUUCGGGAUCGAACUGGAAAUUAGAAAUGGUGAAGGGGAAAAGGGGGAAAUACCUCGCCUAACAAGGACAAGGUACAACAACAAACUCAGCACAUGUAUUUGGUCUUUACCUAGGCCACCUAAGUUAUUAUUUGAAUAAGAGCUCCGUCUGUAGAGUUGUUAAAAUGUCUGUCUUCUAUCUUCUCUACAGCAACCUGGGGAACUUACAUACGCCGAAUUAGACCAUGCCCAGGGGAGCAGCAUGCCCAGGAAUUCCGCCGCUCCAACCAAGAAACCUCAGCCAUAUGUUGAGACUGAAUAUGCAAUGAUCGUGUAA